AUGAUGACGAUGUGCCGUCUGCUGUGCGCCCUGUUGGUGUUCGCCCUGUGCUGCUGCCCAUCCGUGUGCGUGAUGGCGGACGAAGAGGGCACAGUUAGUGGUUCGACUCCAAAUCCCACUAAGCCAAAGGAGCCGGGUGUAAAAGGUCCGGGGACCAAGCCAGCGCCGGAAUCAGGCGCACCAAAGCCAACGGACACAGCGGAAACGGAACAACCAACAGGUAAUUUGAAACCCACGCCGGGGGUAGCAAGCGGGACCGCUUCAGAAGGGCCACAACUUGCGUCCAAUGCGGGAGCGUUAAAAAAUACGAUGGGCGAUGCAGAUGCAAGAAAUACAGAAACCGCUACGGCACCGAGCCCGGGGAGUGCGCCGAGUCCGCUGAAGGAGACGGCGGAUGUAAAAAAAGCCGGUACGGAAAUAAAACCAAAUACGACUACCACCACAACAAAGGCGCCAACAACAACGACAACCAUCACGACAACCGCUGCGCCAACCACGACUUCCACCCGCACACCGUCACAUCUUCGCGAAAUCGACGGCAGCCUCAGCAGCUCUGCGUGGGUGUGUGCCCCGCUGCUGCUCGCCGUAUCCGCGCUGGCGUACACCACUCUGGGCUGA